AUGGCUGACAAGUUUGACAUGGGGGAAAUCACCAGCUUUCAAAAAUCCAAACUGACAAAAACCGAGAUGCAGGAGAGGUACAUCCAGCCAAGCAAAGAGACUGCUGAGCAGGCAAACUGGAGUAAAAUGUCCUAA